AUGUGCAGUGCAGUGCAAUAUCUUUACGAAGAAUAUUCAACGCCUGUGAUUCACUGUGAUUUGAAGCCCAGUAAUGUCUUACUUGAUGAGGAUAUGGUUGCCCACGUCAGCGACUUUGGUGUUUCAAAAAUGCUGGAAAAGGAGGAAAGCUUUGCAUGGAUCAAGACCUUAGCUACAGUUGGCUACAUUGCUCCAGAGUAUGGAUCUGAGGGGUUGAUAUCAGCAAAAUGCGAUGUUUAUAGCUAUGGAAUCAUGCUGAUGGAAGUUUUUUCAAGAAGAAAGCCUAAUGAUGAGAUGUUUGCUGGAAAUUUGAACUUGAAGAGUUGGAUAAAUGAUUCUCUGCCUAAUUCGAUUCUUCGAGUCAUUGAUGCUAAGUUGUUGAAGCGUGAGGAUGAAAAUUUCACUGAGAAGUUGGAGGGUUUUUCAUCCAUCAUGGAAUUGGCCUUGAAAUGUGUUCGUGAAUCUCCAACUGACAGACUCAGUAUGAAAGUUGUUCUUGAAACACUGAAGAAGAUCAAACUCAAAUUCAUGCAGGUCAGGCAGGCUGAUGAAUAGUUCGGAUCGAAUAUGUGGCAUCUUUUAUAAUCAUCCGAAAUAUUAGGGAAGA